AUGUACACAGAGCAAGAGUUAGUUGGGUCUAAGAGUGGGAAAUCCCGGGAUGGGAACAAACAUCCAUCAUCCAGCCAGGGCGGCAAAAGAAGGUCCCAGAUCAUAGAGAAACGGCGUCGAGAUCGCAUAAACAGCAGCCUUUCUGAAUUGCGGCGCUUAAUCCCCACUGCCUUUGAGAAACAGGGUUCUUCCAAGCUGGAGAAAGCUGAGGUCUUGCAGAUGACCGUGGAUCACUUGAAAAUGCUCCAUGCCACUGGUGGGACAGGAUUCUUUGAUGCCCGAGCCCUGGCAGUUGACUUCAGGAGCAUUGGUUUUCGGGAGUGCCUCACUGAGGUCAUCAGGUACCUGGGGGUCCUGGAAGGGCCCAGCAGCCGAGCAGACCCUGUCCGGAUUCGCCUUCUCUCCCACCUCAACAGCUAUGCGGCUGAGAUGGAGCCUUCGCCCUCGCCUGCCGGCCCCCUGGCUUUCCCUGCUUGGCCCUGGUCUUUCUUCCAUAGUUGUCCAGGGCUGCCAGCCCUGAGCAACCAGCUCGCCAUCCUGGGAAGUGUGCCUGGCCCUGUCCUCCCCGGCACCUCCUCUCCUGCUUACCCCAUCCCAGCCCUCCGAACCGCACCCAUUCGCAGGGCCACUGGUACCAUCCUGCCGGCACGGAGGAAUUUAUUGCCCAGUCGAGGGGUAUCUUCCACCCAGAGGGCCCGCCCCCCCGAGAGGCCAGCUGCCCCUCUUCCCAUGGCCUCCAGCAGCAGGGCUGCCAGGAGCAGCCACACCGUUCCCCUCCUGCAGUCCUCCUCCCCAAGACCCCCUAGUGCUGUGGGCUCCGCAGCUUAUGUGGCUGUGCCAGUCUCCAGUCCAUCUCCCAUGGGGCCAGCUGGGAGGCCUGCAGGUGCUGUGCUCUACCACUCCUGGGUCUCUGAAAUCACUGAAAUCGGAGCUUUCUGAGCUUACUCCCCCACCCCCAGGUUCCCAGGAUCAUAAGAAAGGUUCUUAUUUCAGAAGCUCUAAGAAUGAUGCAGCCUCUUCUGCUUUGCUUCCCGGAUGGGCUUCUAUGUGAAAGCACCUUCCUCACCCAUCAGAAGCUCUCUCCUCCUCACCGCUCAGCCCAGCCUGUCCACUCGGCUCCCAUGGACCCCUUCUGAUCUCAGAGGCUCCGUCCCGUUUCUCACCUGCACAGAUGAGUCAUAGUGCCUCAUGAGCCCCUAAGAGCUGUGCCCAGCCCCCUCUCCUGCCCGGUAUUCAUGAACCAUGGGUCUGGGAUGGAAGCUUGAACCGUGAAGCUUGCCAUGGUCCAAGGCUGGCUGCCUCUGUGGAGAGGUCAGACCCUAGUCAGAAACAAUGACUGGCUGUAGCCAUCCUAGGCCAAGGAACUGGAACAUACUGUCUGUCUCAUUUCCUGGAGAUGGUAACUGAGCAGAGGCCACUAAGAGGUCUCUUGGGCACCCUGUCUGCCCCUGCCUACCCCAUCACAGUGAACCACAGGACAAACCCAUUCUCUAUUACAACCAAGCCUGGAUGACGGAAGCCCAGCAGGUCCUGCUCUACUUCCCUCCAGCUGCAGACACCCACCGUCCUUGAGACUAAGAGUUCCCUGCUCACAUCUGGCUCAAAAAGCUAGGCCAGGGGGCUUCUGAGCAGUGGCAAAGCUCUGUGACAGGGUGUCCUCACUGCCAGGCAGGAGUCAGGAUUGAGGAACAGAGAACCCAGCUUCUGGGUGUGUGGUCUUUCCCCAUGGGGACACAGUGUGGAGGGACCACGUGAUGGCACCCAGAGAGGCAUCCUCUUGGGAUUCAGCACCAGACGUCUGAGCCGCCUGGUUUGCAUCCGGCUCAGAGAGCCCAGACUGCCGCCACAGCCAAGGGCUGUCAGACUGAACAAAAAUAACCGUGAGGAGGGGCAGAAGGAAGAACAUUCAGAGGCAUCUGGGCCCUUCAAGGUCAUGCAGGGGGUCGAGGGCCUGAGAGCCUGUUCACCCAGAUUCCACACAGCUGGCUCUGCUUAGAGGCAGCUCCCAUUCCCCAGCUCUGCCCUGGGCCAUUUUCCUCUAACAGAAGGAAUAAAUGGCCCAGCGACCCUUCCCAGAGGAACAGCAGACUGAACCUGCUUUCAGGAUUGCCAUAUCAGUUGAUAAAGUGCAGAAACACUUCUGAACUUGUUGGUAAACACCUGCUUCCCACGAGUGCCUCCCAGUGCCCCCCACCACCUGGCAUUUCCCCAGGACCACCAUGAUCUGGUGAGUGCCUGACAGACCCAAGACUGUGGGGUCCUGGAGCUGGCAAUUCACUGGUUCGCAUGUCAUACUGGUUAUUAAAUAUUUUGAUGUCCCCUGCA